CGUAGUUUAACGUAGGUUUUCAUUAUGUCAAUGCAAGACAGUUGUAAAAUUUAGUAAAUUAAACUGUAAUUACGUGUAGCAAAUAGCGCAAAAUGAGUGAUAAUAAUUUGUAAAUAGCCCCUAGUCUUAAGAAAACGUCGAACCGGCCCGACGUCAGUGCAAAAUCGUGUCAUAGCCGUCUCGUAGUUGCGUAGGCUGGGCGAUGACAUUGGCGAUCAAAGUAAUAACAUUUCCGUGCGAAUUUCCCGUGAAUGUGGAGUGUACUAACGAAGAUUUUCACGAAAAACUCUAACAACGACGGUGGCGGAGACCUAACGGUCGCCGACGGCGGCACAGGACACCCCCAAGACAUGGAUGACACCAAACAGGCCAAGCAGCGGGCGUCCGUGAAAUGGCUCCUUUCGAAGGCGUUCAACAACAAAGUGCCCGAGAAUCUAAGGGAGCCCUUUUACAAGGAUCACGAGAACCAGGAACAUCUGAAGCCGCAGAUCGUGAGGGCGCUCGCUAACGCCGAAAUCUACUGCAUGGCGUUGGGCAACAUCUACUCGGACCCGAAUUACCACAAUUUGAACCAUUGGUCCAUCCUGCAGACGCUGGCUAGGAAAGGGGUGUACGUGUCGGAACCGUCCGAUGCUCAGCUGACCGAGACCACUCUCAUACAGACGAACCCGCUGCGAAUGAGCGCUCACAUGGCCGUCAUCGAGUCUAUUAUGGUGCUGUACGCAAGGGAAGUGGUGAGUUCGGACAGGGUGUUAGCUGCUGUUCAACGUUUCCAUCACGGAAAACAACCAGCGCCACCUCUACCGGAAAACCACGAACAGGGACUGUUCUUGUGGAUGUCGCAUGCCGGUGAAGCCCUCAGGAAAAGGAUAGAACAGGAGGAUAGCGGUGUCAGCAACGGAGAAGGAUCGGGUGACCGACUGAAACCUCCCGAUCUCGGCCCAAUCAACGAACUGAAAGAUCUCGUGGAUGGCGUUGCGUUAGCGGCUCUCAUAUCCUAUUACUGCCCCGACGAACUGCCAUGGACGGAUCUGAAGAUCUCUUACGUGCCGAACGUGCAAGACAGCCUGCACAAUUUGACCCUGGUUCAGGACUUCUGCAACAGGUGUCUGCCGGUAUCCAUCUUUCAUAUCCAACCCGAAGACGUCACAUACAUGCGAGAUUCAAUGAAACAGAAUCUGGUCGUGUUCCUCGCUGAUCUCUUCAACGUGAUAGAAAUUCAUCCUGCCAAAUGCGUCAGAUAUCCAGGAAUGGAUAAAUUUAACGAGGGUUUCCCCCCACGCAAUGAGCACGGGGUGGCGCAUAAGCGAAACCUACUGCAGACGGUGAUGACACCCAUCCCGGAUCUGCGCAGCGGACUCGAUGAUCCCGCUGCAUCCGCCGCCUUCCAAGUGACGAGAUCGACGCCAACCCACGUGCCACUCCGUAAAACCAAUUCUCUGCAGCAGAGCAUGUCCGAGAUGAGCGAGGACAGCUUACGAAGGGGAUCCGAAGACUCGUUCGUCGUGCAUCGGGGCAAGAACAUUCCCACACUGAGGUCGGUGGUCCAUGACGAGCCCCUGAUCCCCGGCCGACUGAAAGUCAACAAGGAGAAGCAGAACAACGACAGCAAAGCCGACGAACGGGGCGAGAUUGCGGCCGGAAGGCCGAGCAACUGGGAGGAGAACCGCAAGAGUACGUUUGCGGGAAGGAGGUCCCGGAGGAACUCGACGAGCGACGACUCGCAGUUGACCAUCGAGAACUUCGGGGGUAGUCAGGAUAAUUUAAAUUUUAUCGGGAGGAAUCCGGAUAAAGAGAUGGGCGUGCACGUGGGUCGAAAAAUCUCCGCCCCCUCAUUCCCCACCGAAAAUCCCGCCGUGCGCUCGUCGAUCCAGGACGCGCGGGGUUCCAUUCAACUAGGUUACGACAAUGGCUGUGAAAAAAACGACGACGAAACGGAAAAAUUUAAGCUGAAGAGGCAACUGAGCAGCGACGACAUCUCCUUACGCAACAUCCUUUCCAACAAGGAGAACAUAAUGAAGGACGUCGUCGACGCCGAACUCUCGAAUCGGAUGAGCUUCGCCGAACUGAACAAAAAGGCCGGCGACCACCGCGCCAUCCAGCUGGUGUACAUGCAGCACGAGAAGGAGGAAUACAAGAAGCCGCCAAGCACGAACGGCAACCCGGAGAAGAAGACUUCGUUCGCCGCCCUGCCGAACACCACCACGUGGCAACAGCAGAGCAGCAACGUCCAGCAGGUCGGGGAGACGAACGGCGGCCCGGAGACGGGCUCCGGGACGGCGGUAAACGCGGCGCAGCUGAACGACGUCCGGCUCAAGCUGGAGGAAAAGAGGAGGCUGAUCGAGAGCGAGAAGCGGAGGAUGGAGCUGGCGAUGAGCAAGCAGAGGCAGAAGGUGGGGAAGGCGGCUUUCCUCCAGGCCGUGGCCAGGGGAAGAGGUAAUUUGCUAAAAACACCGACUGACGCUGAGUCUAAUUCAAACUCAGCGACGGGCUCUGAAUCUCAAAGCCCUUCCUCAGAAACUGCCCCCACAAAACCUCAGAGGCCGUUUACGUUACAGGAAAUCAACGACGAUACCUCUGCCGUCGAACGAAAGUGGUUGGACGAAAGUCAGCCAUUCAUCGAAACUCGAAGGACGCCUGAUCUUGAUAACAUGGAUUUGGAACAGUAUCAGCAAUCCAUAGCUCAAAUGAAUUCUAGUCUCAGCGAUAUCCAAACCGACAUUCAAAGACUGGCCUCCCAACAAAAUCAGAUGCAAGCUGUUCAGCAACAAAGCAUUAUCGCCCAACAGCAGAAACAGAUACAGCAGCUGCAGCAACAGCAACACCAGUAUCAGAGCAUGCAGCAGCAACAGCAACAGCAGCACUACGUCCAACAACAGCCGAUAUACAGUCCACAAAUUUACCAACAACAACCUCAGCCAAUGUACGCUCCAGGUCUCCAAACAUCGGCCAGUGCUCCGCAUAUACCUCAAUCGUUAUAUCAACAAUCCAGGGUUCUUGAACAACCUCAGUUCUUCUUGCACGACCAGAACCCGCCAAUGACGCCUCCCGUGGUCACCCAGAGGAGAACGUGGGCUCAACAGCCGCCACCGUCCGUCGGGCAGGACGUAUACCAGCCCGAAUUACGGACUUGGAAUAAAAUGGGAGGGAGUGGGGGUGGUUUUGUUCUUCAUGACACUCCUGCCGAAAGGUACGACCCCAAGUACCAGCAGCCCGAAUACCGCUUCGUCGACAACAGCAAAUACCAAAACGGAGGUGACGAGCACAAUCUGCAUCACUCGAGUAGUUUUACGUUAAGUCAGCAACACCAUCAACAUCAGCCUCAGGUGUACGGAACCUCCCACAGCACGCCAUCCGCCUCCCCCCAACAUCGAAACAUCCAUCGGCAAAUAUCGCAGCUGAUGGACGAGAGUAAACGAACCCCCGUUAGCCUCCAGCAGAUGGAUCGCGAGUCCCCGCUGAGGAAAACCAGCAGCGUAACGCAUGCGCCCAUUCCGGCACCGUCGGCCGACGAUAUGGAACCCCAGAAUAUCUCGUUCAUCGGGAAUGCGGAAGAUCAGCAGCUCAGCGAAGGCCUUAGUAGUUUCUUCUUGUCAUGUUGCAGGUUAAACAUAACGUCCGGCAGCAGAACGUACAGAAUCCCCUCCCCAACGAGGCCCCUCAUCACCAGAAACUCCUUCCAACCGUCUCCACCUCCUGAAAAGGAAGCACCAAUAGCAGAAAUUAGCAGCUUGGACAAUGAUCCGACCAAUCAGAAAGGUUUCUAUAUUCAGUUCGACGACGAUCAGCCGAAGAGGCCGAAGCCUCCUUUGCGGACGAAACGGGGUUCGCCGAAGAAAGAAAGGAGUUACGUCGAGACGACGGAAGACCACGAACAGGAGAUGAGGGCGGAGAAGAAAAAACUGCUCGAGAGGGAACUGGAGGACGAGAGAGUGAAAAAAGAGGACGAGGACAAAAGGAGGCAGAUGCUGGUCGAACAGGAGAGAGAGAAGUUGCGAGCCAAACGUGAAGCUAGUCAAGAAAGUCAAAAGGUGGCGUCGGCGUCGGCGCUUAUUAUCGAUAACGAAAGCGGCAAUCCGGAUCCGGAUGCGGCGGAACGUAUGAAAAAACGAAUUCUGCUGGCCUCUUUGCAACGAAAGCAGGAACAAGAAGAAGCCAAGGCGCGAAAAGAACAAGAGGCGCAGGCGCGGCGCGAACGCGAAAAGGCCAAAGAAGAAGAGAAAAUCCGCAAAAAAGAAGAACAAGCAGCUCGAAGGGUCGCCAUUUUAGAGCAAUAUAAACUGAAAAAGGCGAUGGAAGAGGCGGAAAGGGAGGGUAAGGUAUUCGACAAGAGUGAGAUGAUGGGCACCUUGAAGCCCACGCCCAAGAUGAGGCCGAAGGCCGCAUCGAGACCUAGACCCAAAACAAUUCACAUCGACAGCGGGUCAGUUGAAAUGGCCGAAGGGAUGAUGCAACCGAGCCGAGGGAAGAAGGGUUCUACCUCAAAUCUCACAGCUAACUCUACGAUGAAGCGUGAUUAUUAUCGCGGCUCGCAAGACAGUCUGGCUGAUCGGAGCAUGAGCAGUGGCAUGCUUUACAGAGAUUCCCCCGACGACAGCAGGGGAGUCUCUCCCUGUCAUAACGCGAACCAAACCCUAGGCCGACGGAGCUCCUACAAGACAAGCAGAGACCCCUCACCUGCCCAGGUCCGUGGCAGACCUAAGUAUUCCAAUUAUCAAAACUUUAAAGGGCGCAAGUCUAGCUCUCUGAUGAACUUGUACGGUUCUAGCACGGACCAAGACAGUUUGGCGUACCGUUACGGCGACACCGAUUCCGGGUUGGGCAGGGCGACGCCGCCACGUCGUGCCCCGUCGCCCGGAAUGGGGAGCAUGCGGCAUUUGACGUCGCCGUCGGGACCGGGGAGCCUACCCGGACUGAUGACCAAAGGAAGGAGGAUAUUCGACGACGGAUCCAGUGAUAUUAGUUCGACGCCUAGCAGUAUGAUGGAUUACACAGGUCCACGGCUGUACAAGCAACCGGCGACGAAGUCGAACCGCGGCAUCAUGCUGAACGCGGUCGAGUACUGCGUCUUCCCCGGCGUGGUGAACCGCGAGGCGAAGAAACGUGUCCUUGAAGAAAUCAACAGGUCGGAAAGCAAACACUUCUUGAUAUUGUUCAGGGACGCCGGUUGUCAGUUUAGAGCUCUCUACUCGUAUUGCCCGGAUCGUGAAGACGUGACCAAGUUGUACGGAACGGGGCCCAAGCAGGUCAACGACAGAAUGUUCGACAAAUUCUUCAAGUACAACUCAGGAGGCAAAUGCUUUUCUCAAGUCCACACGAAACAUUUAACGGUGACCAUAGAUGCUUUCACGAUUCAUAACUCGCUUUGGCAAGGUAAAAAGGUUAAUUUACCUAAUAAGAAAGACAUGCCACUUGUCAUUUAAGUCUAGUUCGUUGUUAAUUAGUCAUCUAAUCUUUAUUAAUUUUUUUUUUUAUUUUUUGUUAACGCUUUAUUAAAUGUUAUUUUUUUAAUGUCGGUUAGCUGCAACCCCAGGAGUUUAUUUUUAGUUUCACGGUCGGUAGUUUACAUGCCACCGAUGCAAUGUCUGAGAUAUUAGGUGAACCACCUUUUUACCAACAGUAUGUAUUAUUUUCUGUAUUCUUUUAAGUAUUAUGUGCCUUUUUUUAUAUACAGUGUUGAAUGUAAUACCGCCUUUGAUGUAAUUUUGUUUUUCGAAUUGUCGGCUUUUUCUGUGCCAAUUUGUUGAAACGAUGUACUUUUGACCGCUUUCAUUUCGUUCUCCUUGAAAGUACAUGAGUCCAUGAAGCAACAAUAAGAAAUCUUAUUAGUGUCAUUCCAAUUGUAUUUAUAUUUAAAUAGAUUAGAUGAAAAAAAAACGCAGGGCUGUUUUCGGUGGAUCAACGUCGAUUUCUGGACGAUCGUUAGUUUGGAAAUUUCAAAAAACAUAUUUUAAUAGUGGAUCGGCGGAAAUCAAUGUUGGAUGCUACCCGGUUUUUUAAGUCACUAAAAAAACGUUUGCUUGAAAUAUAUUUGUAAAUUGUUUGUAUGGAAAACACUAGCCUUAUAGUGCUUAGUUUUCUUUUUCGUAUGUCGUUUGACUAUCGAUUAAAUCGAUCGCAAUUUUCAUUCAUACUUUUCCUAUUGUGAAUAUUUCAAUGUAUUCUUUCGCCCAGUCAACGUGUUGGAACGUUCUAUAAAAAAAAAGUGGAACCUUUUUUUACCUAAUUGCCUAUAAUAUCGCAUUAUGUUAUGUAAUAUGAUGUUAACACUAAUUUUCUUUUUCUGUACAUAUUCUGUUUUUAUAAUAUACAAAUAUUUAUUAAUUUACACUUAUACGAGUAAAACACUCAAAUGUCAAAAAUAAAAUUGUAAUAACCCA